ACCCCAUUUUUGCAAAGUCAAUUGGCAAUCGACGAAUCGUCCUCUAACCCACACCGAAACGUCAACGUCAACGUCGACUUUGGCCGGAAACCCCGAUAGUCAUACACCAUGAGGUCCAUCAUUCAGGAAAAUGACAUCCCCAUCCCCGAGGGUGUGACGGUUGACGUCAAGGCCCGACUUGUCCGCGUGAAGGGCCCCCGCGGUCAGCUCGUCAAGGACUUCAAGCACGUCAACAUGGAAAUCCUCCGCCUCUCCAAGUCGAAGCUGAAGAUCAAGGUGUGGCACGGUGGCCGUAAGCACAAUGCGUGCAUUCGUACCAUCUCUUCCCACAUCGAGAACAUGAUCACGGGUGUGACCAAGGGCUUCGAGUACAAGAUGCGCUUUGUGUACGCUCACUUUCCCAUCAACGUCAACAUCAUCAGCGAUGGUGCCGAGGUGGAAAUCCGUAACUUCUUGGGAGAGAAGCAGAUCCGCCGCAUUAAGAUGCUUAAUGGUGUGAAGAUCGACCACUCCACCGCCCAGAAGGAUGAGAUCAUCCUUACUGGUAACGACAUUGACAACGUUUCCCAGUCCGCCGCCUCCAUCCAGCAGUCCACCACCGUACGGAACAAGGAUAUCCGUAAGUUCUUGGACGGUAUCUACGUUUCGGAGAAGGGUCUCUUGGUCAAGGAUUAAAUGUAUAUGGGUUGGGAGUAGGUCGCAUUGUACACACGGGAUUCGACUUGUCUCAGCUUGUAUUGGAACGGGGCCGCGAUGGUUGUGGAUUGGCGGUACUGUUUAAUAUAUUGUUGAAUGAAAGCAAGACGAUGCACAAUUGAUCAACUGGGAGA